AAUUUCUUCCAUCAUGAUUUUACGCGCGGUAUGUCCUGUUCUGUCCACGUCAGUUUACACGUUUUUCUGAGGACGUGAUUCGAGAACGGCGGUUUGCUCGAAAUCUCAUAAUAGUUGAUGAACGAAACGUUCACGCAGAUGACAAGCUACCUAGACAUUUCCUAGCGUAAACGAAAAGUGCAACGAAGAUGCAUUGGACACUGUUCGCGCUGAUAAUCGGAUCGUUUGGAUCCAAAUACAUCCUCGUCCAGGCGCAAAGGGUCGCACCCGGAGUACCGCCUCAACAUUAUCAGCAGAAUGUUCAAGUACCGCAACAUGCGCAGCAUGUACCACAGCAACAGUAUCAAGUACCAGUACAGCAGCAAGUACCUGUUCCUAUGCAACAGCAAGUACCGAUGCAACAAGUACCUGUACAACAACAGGUACCUGUGCAACAGCAAGUACCUGUACAGCAGCAAGUACCCAUUCAACAAGUGCCUGGUCACCAGUCUCAUCAACCACAUGGGCAUGGUCAUCAAGGGCCUCCUCAGUUACUUAACACUGCCAAUAUAGAGCACGAAAAACAACACAUUGCUGAGCAUGCUGACGUUCCAAUAGAUACCAGCAAGAUGACAGAUCAGGAGCUGCAGUUUCACUAUUUCAAAAUGCACGAUGCAGAUAAUAACAAUAAGUUAGACGGUUGUGAGCUGAUCAAGUCUCUUAUACAUUGGCAUGAACAAGGUGGCUCGGAAUCCGGUGUCCAAGGCGAUAAAUUGUUCAAAGAUGAAGAAUUAGUGCAGUUGAUAGAUCCGAUACUUAGCAUGGACGAUGGUAACAACGACGGUUAUAUCGAUUAUCCGGAAUUUAUUCGAGCUCAACAGAAUGCCGCAGCUAAUGCACGUACAUAAAUUUUGAUGAACCAAACUCUACGAACUGCGAUUAAAAAGGAUUUUGUAAAACCGAAGGAAUGCAGGGAUUGUUGGAUUUUCAUUAUGAUUAUUUAAUGAUGCAUUAUUGACUCAUCAUUUAUUCUAUAUGUAUAAUAAAGUAGAAUUGAUAUUUGCGAUAAUGCAUCCUUUAUGGACUUAAUUAUAAAUUAUAAAUAAGAAAAUAGAUUAACACACAAAAAAU